UCCCUCCUCCGUGCGCAGAGGGUUCGCUCAGGACCGGCUCGCGGGGCGCGUCUACUUCCUCCUCCCUCGGGCGCGUGAGUAGGCGCUGCUCUUCACAGUCGCGAAGCAGCCUCCACUUCGCGAGGCUCACUGUGCUUGGAGCUCUAGCUGAGCCACCAAGGCAACGGAAUUCCUUGGGGUGAGGCCAGGGUGGGCGUCUUCACGGCUCCGGAGCCCCUCUGAGCGCCUAGCCCGUCCCCUGGGUGUUAGAAUCUGGACCGCCUGCAACGUCUCCAAGACGGGGACACCACACCUCCUGGGGGUCCUUCAGGGCCUGCGGAGAAGCGAGGCGGUACCAGACCAGGGCCAAGGCCAGGAAUGGAGGCCGGAAUUGCCACUGAAAAGGCUUCGCUUUAGUGCCCCUGUUGUUUGACUGGAGCGACCGCUUUCACCUCUCUCCGCCUCAGUUUCUCCAUCUGUUAAGUGAAGAAUCUUAACAGCCAGUGUCGUUUUUCUCAGGCAUGGACUCCUUUAAGAACCUGGUGAGAAAUAAUAGACCCUUUCGAAGAGAAAUGCACUAAAUGUUUAGCAACGUUUUAGACAGUCCACCCAAGUAGGUGAUUCUUUAGGGAUUUUUCCACUUUUAUGAUUCUGAUGGUUGCCCCGAUGGCAGGCGGGGAAGGGGUGAGCUGGGCAACAGCUGGCGGCCCCUCCAUCACUGGGACUGAGUCUGCUGAUCUGGUUGUGCCUCCUCCCCUCACUCACCAGCUCCACGUCUCCGCUUCUCUGAGCUUCGUGGGAAAGAAUGGCUUUCCUCGACAGACUUGGGUAGAGUUGGUUUCGGCUCAGCCUCAGGUGGGAGUUGUUGCCUGAACCCCAACUGGACCCUCCCACCUCCAUUCCCCGGUACUUAGGUGCCGUCACCUAACUGGACAGACCUUGGAGCGCCCGACCCCGUCAGGGAGUGGAAUCUACAGGAUAUUGUAUAAGGUGGUCACACACAAAGCAUGUCAUGCGGCCUCGGUGAAACGUUGAGAAGUCUCCUGUUCACACCAGAGGCCCCACUGAUCGGGCACGAAAGAAUAGCUACCUGUUCAUGGUAAAGUUCCAACGUAAAACCUAACGACGGUAAUAAUAAUGGCGGCCCUCUGCUGUGCAGCAGCUAUGUACACGUUCUCUCAUUUACUGUCCUGCGGUUUUACACCUGUUACAGCUGAGGAUGACUGGGACGCCCAGAGGUUAGGGAACUUGUUCUUGCUCCCCUUGGCCUGUGUCACAUAGUGCUACUGAAGCCCAGAGAGGUGAGGCCACUUCCUGAACUGAGGAGUGACAGAGUCAGAUCUCAAAUCCCUGCUCUUCCCAAAGCAUGAUGCCUUCAGCAAAGGAGAGCCAGAAGGAUGAGAAUUAUUUUGGGAGAUGAAUACCAGCUUUGGUUGAAGGAAUAAGAACCGAAGAAAAGUUAAAGGAGUUGGAACCACAGGUGCGGCUGGUGAUUGCAGAGAAGGGCCUGGCAUGUGAGGAGCGGGACGUGAGCCUGCCUCAGAGUGAGCACAAGGAGCCCUGGUUCAUGCGGCUCAACCUGGGUGAGGAGGUGCCCGUCAUCAUCCAUCGCGACAACAUCAUCAGUGACUACGACCAGAUCAUCGACUACGUGGAGCGCACCUUCACAGGAGAGCACGUGGUAGCCCUGAUGCCCGAGGCGGGCAGCCCACAGCACGCACGGGUGCUGCAGUACCGCGAGCUGCUGGACUCACUGCCCAUGGACGCCUACACACAUGGCUGCAUCCUGCACCCCGAGCUCACCACCGACUCCAUGAUUCCCAAGUACGCUACGGCUGAGAUCCGCAGACAUUUAGCCAACGCCACCACGGACCUCAUGAAAUUGGACCAUGAAGAGGAGCCCCAGCUCUCUGAGCCCUAUCUUUCUAAACAGAAGAAGCUCAUGGCCAAGAUCCUGGAGCAUGAUGAUGUGAGUUACCUGAAGAAGAUCCUUGGGGAGCUGGCCAUGGUGCUGGACCAGAUAGAAGCCGAGCUGGAGAAGAGGAAACUUGAGAAUGAGGGACAGAAAUGUGAGCUGUGGCUCUGCGGCUGUGCCUUCACUCUCGCUGACGUCCUUCUGGGAGCCACCCUGCACCGCCUCAAGUUCCUGGGACUGUCCAAGAAAUACUGGGAGGACGGCAGCCGGCCCAACCUGCAGUCCUUCUUUGAGAGGGUCCAGAAGCGCUUUGCCUUCCGGAAAGUUCUCGGCGACAUUCAUACCACCCUGCUAUCGGCCGUCAUCCCCAAUGCAUUCCGGCUGGUCAAGCGGAAACCGCCAUCUUUCUUUGGGGCCUCCUUCCUCAUGGGCUCCCUGGGCGGGAUGGGCUAUUUUGCCUACUGGUACCUCAAGAAAAAAUACAUCUAGAGCUGAGCCAGGCCUGGGCUUGGUGUCUGACUGUCAGUGUCUCUGUGCUGUGUGAUUCCCAAUGAGCUCUCAGUUAAUGCACUGUCUCAUGAACACUUGAACAGCCCCUUCCCCACCCCUUGUUCGGAGUAAUUCUAUUGUCAGUGUGAAAACAUUCCAUAGUUUAGAAGUAGACGUUGCCAAUGCCGUGAGUUGAAGCCACGGCUCUACUAAAGGAGAGAAAGAGUGAGAGAGAGAACAGAAACAAAGCACGAAUGCCUUUUCUUUUGAUUCAAGGUCUCAAGAUGGAACUGUGGGGACUGGUUAGGAUCUGAGGUGAGUCCCAGGCCAUUUCACCCAUCAGGGCCCAGAUUCUGGGAGGUGCUGGGGGCUCAGAGGGCCUGACCCCUCGCCUCCCCUUCCCUCUUGCCCAGGGAACUUUCCACAGGACAAAGCCAACAUCAAGACUCAGCUCUUCUAAGUGGUACCUCUGGGUGGGGCUAGAGACCCGGAGACUCCAUGGGAGGCCCGUGAAGAUCGGAAGGGACUUCAUUCUUCUCCUGGACAUGGACUGAGACAGCAGUGGCUCAAGCCAAGGCAGUGGCACCCAACCACCAAACCAGGACUAGGACGGACACCAUGAGCACACCCUCAUUCCCCUCCUGCUGUGGCCAGUGAGUUUGGUUUGGCACUCUACCAGUAAUCCCUGAAGGCAGCAUCCAUCAUCCUCUUCCCACCUGGAGCUGAUUUUUCCCAUCAUGUGAGGUGGACUUUCAGCAAAAGCCAAGUUCACAGUCUUAGAAGGUCAGUCCGGCCCGAGUGCAGGGGUGGGUCUGGAGGUAGAUGAACCUCAAGUCCCUCUCCUAGCCUCUGCCAAAGCCAUCUCCUUUAAUGCCCACCUGUCCCAUCACUUGUGGGGUGCCUCGCAUGCCCCACCAUGCCACGCAGGGGGAUCUCCUCACCUAUGCUGCCCACCCUGGUCCUGUCUCACUUUCCUGUGCCUUUUGCAUGUUGGGAGAAGGUCUGAGUGUCACUGCCAUUCAUGCUUAGAAACCACUGAAAGCCCCCAAUAAAGCAUCCAGGAGAAGCAGUUGCUUUUCAUUUGUAAA